UUCCCCAGCCUUCUUAAAGCGGCGAAAUUCUCAGAGAGAGAUAUGAAGCCAUCUCCGACGUAUCUGUUUGACAUGGACGAUCCAGGUUCGACGGUGGGCAUGGACGUGGACGAUGCUGAUCCCCUCGACAUCUUGUCGGGGGCCGUCUCCGACAACAGGCUCGCCGACGCUGAUUUCUUCAAUUCCUUCCAAGACGAUUUCGACGACUCCGAUAUCAACUGAAUCAAAGAAGAAAAAAUCUCAAUCUGCCGUCGGAUUUGUCGAUAAGAAACACCUGCUUUUUUCCUUUCUAUAAUUCUCAUGAAUAUAUCUGUUUCAGGCACUUUCAUCUGUCUGAUUUUUAGGGUUUUAUAUAUGAUGCAUGGUAUAUUAUGGUUUUA